CUUGUCGCGCGUGAGCACGAAAUCGUUGCGCAACGACGCCUGCGCACUUUUUUGCGAAGGAAGGAGCCACGAGGCGCUAUAGCUGAGAAGGAGCCAUGGCUAGCGGCGGAUUCACGGUGGUGGAUUACACGGUGCUGGCGGCCUUGCUGGCUCUGUCGGUGUCCAUCGGCGUCUGGGUGGCGUGGCAGGACCGACGCCGCCAGAGCAGCCGCCACUUCCUCACCGCCCGCGGACAGCUGGGAUGGCUGCCCGUCUCGCUGUCCAUGAUGGCCAGCUUCUUCUCGGCCGUCAACGUGCUCGGCCUACCUGCCCAGGUGUUCAUGCAAGGCUCGUUGCUCUGGAUGGGCGUGUUUGCCACAUCUGCCGGCGUCCUCCUGUCGGCGUACAUUUUCCUGCCGGUCUACCAUGGCCUCAACAUCACCAGCAUCAACGAGUAUCUGGAAAAACGCUACAACUCCACCCUUCUCAGGAACGUAGCAUCCGGCGUCUUCAUACUCCAAACGGUUCUCUAUACAGGGGUGGCGCUGUACGGGCCGUCCUUGGCAGUCUCUUCAGUGACCGGCCUGUCCGUGUGGUCUUCAAUCGUCGUGAACGGCUUGGCCUGCACAUUCUACACGAACAUCGGAGGCCUUAAGGCGGUGGUGUGGACUGAUGCAGUCCAGAUGGUACUGAUCUACGCAAGCUACAUUCUAGUCAUUACAGCGGGCGUCCUGCAUGUCGGCGGGUUCGGCAACAUGAUAAGACUGGCCGAGGAGGGUGGCCGGAUCAAAAUAUCUAACUGGAGCCUUAGUCCGUAUGAAACGUUCACAUCGUGGUCGCUGCUUCUAUCCUGGACAGUGCGCUGGUGUUCGGCCUAUUGCGCCAGUCAGACGCAGAUGCAACGCCUCUCCAGCCUACCGUCUGCCACACAGGCCCGCCGCGCCGUGCUGUUCAACCUGCCGGCGGCAGCGAUCACAACGUUCCUGCCGGUGUUGGCCGGUCUCGCUUUGGUCGCCGUCUACAAGGACUGCGAUCCGAGGCUCACCGGAGACAUCAAAAAGCCGGAUGAGUUGAUGCCGUACAUUGUUCAAGAUCUGAUGGGAAAAUACCCGGGCCUGUCGGGGCUCCUGGUAGCUUCCGUCUUCAGUGGCUCUCUAAGCACCCUGUCGUCGGGCUACAACUCCAUGGCGGCGGUCACGUGGGAAGACCUCAUCCGUCCACGGGUCAAGCUGACUGAGACCCAGUCCAUCGUGACGCUCAAGUGCGUUGGUACGCUCUACGGCUUUCUGUCCAUAGCCGUAGCAUUCCUUGUCGGCUCCCUGAAGUCCAUCAUGCAGGCCUCCACUAGUCUCUUGGGAGUGACGUCGGGUCCUCUGCUGGCCAUUUUCCUUCUGGGUGUGCUGGCUCCCUGCUGCAAGAAAACGGGAGCCCUAGCAGGCAUGCUCACUGGGCUGAUCAUUGCUUCGUGGCUCGUCAUCGGUUCGAUCGUUUACCCGCGCCCCGUAGACCAGCUGCCUUCGUCCACGGCUGGGUGUUCCAGCUUCAACGAGACCCUGACGUUGGGCUCGUUCGAACAUCCACCGACGCCCAGUGGUAUGAACCGGCUCUACCACAUAUCCUUCAUGUGGACUCACUUCGUCGGAUUCUCCACCUCGCUGGUCACAUCGUUAGUCGUCAGCCUAAUAUUCGAUAGGGGAAGCACCGAAGAGGUCGAUGCCAAAUAUCUUUCGCCGUUGGUAAACCGAUUCAGCGGCCGCCACAGCGAAAACAUUCAGGUUGUGUGGGCGGCCGACAAGGGCAAGGCAUCGGCUGUGGAGCUCGAGAAACUCGUGGGACUCAGACAAGACGGACAACGCGACGAAGCGCCAGUUACGAACUGACAUUCACGAUCGUUGCCGAGCAACGGGGCAGCGGGCGUCUGCGCCGCUCAAUUCACUCGUGUUUUGGCGCAGCCGAAGCUGCGAAUCAGGUCGCCUUUUGUACAUACCACACGUGUAUAUACGCGAGCAUACAUAAAUUAAAUGCGUUCGUAGA